CUUCGAUGACGGAGACUUUGACGAUGGCGAGGAGGAUGAAGGAUUAGAUGAUCUGGAAAACGCAGAAGACGAGGACCAGGAGAACGUUCAGAUCCUCCCCGCAGGUGAAGGCUCGCAGGCGAACCAGAAGAGGAUUACCACACCGUACAUGACCAAAUACGAGAGAGCCCGAGUCCUCGGCACGCGAGCUCUCCAGAUAGCGAUGUGCGCUCCUGUCAUGGUGGAGCUGGAGGGAGAAACAGACCCGCUGCAGAUAGCAAUGAAAGAGCUGAAGAGCAGAAAGAUCCCCAUCAUCAUCCGCAGGUACCUCCCUGAUGGGAGUUAUGAGGACUGGGGCUGUGAUGAGCUCAUCAUCACUGACUAAACUCCACAUGGAUGGAAUCAGGUCAGAGACACAGAACUUCCCUGUUCACACAGACCUCCAUGAGGGACUCCAUGAGACCCAACAGACUCUAAAACACACCACUGCUGUAAUAUCACUCAGAGCCACAAGGGGGAGCUGUAACUACUUGUUUUAUAGAAAGAAUCCUGUGUUGUGUUUCUUUUUUUGAGGAGAAAGAAGUUUCUAUUGUGAUGAAUAAACUCUUUUGUAUAAAUGA